CGCUAUUGUGGGAGUGAACGAGACGGAGUGCGCGCGCGCGUGUGUGUGUAUAUGUGUGUGUGUGCGCGAGAGCGAGAGCGCGAAUGAGAGAGAGAGAGACGGAGCGAAGAGCCUGUACAUACGGACGCACGCGCGCACCCGGAGCGAUCGACCGUGGAUGUUAGGAGCAACUUCGGCGGAUGGAAUUGUGUUUUUGGCUCAUGCGUCCUCUCUAGGCUUGUUUGUGCACUUUCUGGACGCAUCCAGCCUCUUCAUCCUCCUCCUCUUCUUCAUCAUCAUCUCUCGGCGGAACCGAGCCCCCUCUCCUCUCCAUGGGCCAAACUCUGCCCCUCGGAAGAUGCGCGCAUGUCGGUGUGUGAGCGCGCCGCGUGGCCCGGGGCUCGUCCGUGAAGCGCGCACGGGGAUCUGAGUGUGCAGGAGCUGAGGGCGGGCGGAGGAGGAGGAUGAGUGUGAGGAUGAGGAUGAGGGUGGCGCGCUGGAGCCGGGCCGCGGGUGACUGGCUGCGGUUCGCCGUCGUCUCGCUCCUCGCCGCCUUCCCGGUCCUGCAGCCCCGCGCCUUCCCGUCCUCCUCGCUGAGCGACUGCCAGACCCCCACCGGCUGGAACUGUUCCGGUGAUGAUGACCGGGACACGGAUCUUUUCCUGUGUGACACCAACACUUGCAAGUUUGAUGGCGAGUGUCUCAGAAUAGGGGACAUCAUAACCUGCAUCUGCGACUUCAAGUGCAACAAUGACUAUGUCCCAGUCUGCGGAUCCAAUAAUGAAAACUACGAGAACGAGUGUCUUCUGCGCAGGGAUGCUUGUAAACAGCAGACUGAAAUCUUGGUGGUCUCUGAGGGAUCCUGUCCUGUUGAGCCUGGAUCGGGGUCUGGGGAUGAAGCAGGGAAUGAGGGCUCGGCAGAGAAUGGCCAGAAGGAGACGUCCACGUGUGACAUCUGCCAGUUUGGUGCCGAGUGUGACGUGGAUGCGGAGGAUGUAUGGUGCGUGUGCAACAUCGACUGUUCCCACAUAAGCUUCAACCCAGUGUGUGCCUCAGACGGCCGCUCCUAUGACAACCCCUGCCAAGUGAAGGAGGCAUCGUGCCAGAGGCAGGAGCGGAUCGAAGUGAAGUUCCUGGGCCACUGUCAAGGUGACAUGAUAACAGGAAACAAACCUGGUGACGGACACUACGCCAGGGCCGACUACCCAGAAGAGAAGCCUGAGGUGUCAGAAGUGGCACGAGGACUUUACAUACCCUGUCCAGAACACUAUAAAAACUACUGCGUCAACGGAGUCUGUGAAUAUCCCAACAUGCUCUCCAAACCGUCAUGCAGCUGUCACUCAGGCUACAGUGGUCCACAGUGUGACACAAAGGAAUAUAAUGUGCUGUAUGUGGUGCCGGGUUCCGGAAAAUUUCGCUACGUCCUCAUUGCCUCCAUCAUCGGAGCUCUGCAGGUGGCCAUCAUCUGUGUGGUGGUGCUGUGUAUCACCCGGAAGUGCCCACGGACUAAUCGAAUCAACCGGCAAAAGCAAAACGUCACGCACUAUAACUCGGAGAACACCCUGCGCGCCUCCACCCGCCUCAUCUAAGCGGCAGGAGCAAAGAACCAUGGCAAAACGUAGAGAACCGUGAGGACAUAGGGACACAAUAGCCACACCGGACCACGCCAGACCACUCAGCUGAAGGGAGGGAGGAAGGGGGUGGCCAUGGUGUGGCUGCAGGGGAGGAACGGAGGGGACAACACGCGAUGCCUUGCACCUGUGGCACAGGACACAAAACCUGAGAGGAUAUUAGGACACCACGUUAGGAAAAGUCCUUCUAUUUGGUUAUGUAUGGGUAAUAUUUCCAAUAGUUUCUUUGUUUGUCUCGAUGGGGUCUUUUUUCUGUAAAUGUAAAUAAAUAAUUUAU